AAAAUUGUUAUUAUUUCCGGUCUGCCAUAUUAUCACGGGGUAAUUCUGGCAGUGUCAGUAAUUUUAUUCGUAAUUACACCCUCAUUCCACCGAAAUUCCAUCACGGGGCUCGUUAAGUAGCAAGUGCGAUCUUUGCUAAGUUGAACGACAUAUCAUAAAAGUUCAAUAUGUCAUCCGGGCCUUACAACUAUUCCUACAUUUUUAAAUACAUCAUCAUCGGAGACAUGGGCGUAGGCAAGUCCUGCUUGCUACACCAGUUCACAGAGAAGAAGUUCAUGGCUGAUUGUCCGCACACUAUAGGAGUAGAGUUUGGAACAAGAAUUAUUGAGGUGUCCGGGCAGAAAAUCAAGCUGCAGAUUUGGGACACUGCUGGACAGGAGCGGUUCAGGGCCGUCACCAGGUCCUACUACCGCGGAGCAGCUGGUGCCCUGAUGGUUUACGACAUCACUAGGAGGUCCACUUACAACCACCUGAGCAGUUGGCUCACAGACACCCGUAACCUCACCAACCCCAGUACUGUGAUAUUCUUGAUUGGCAACAAGUGCGAUUUGGAUGCUCAGCGCGACGUCACUUACGAUGAGGCAAAGCAAUUUGCCGAUGAAAAUGGUCUCAUGUUUGUUGAGGCCAGUGCAAAGACUGGUGAAAACGUUGAGGAGGCCUUUUUAGAAACUGCAAAGAAGAUUUUCCAGAGCAUCCAGGACGGCAGGCUUGAUCUAAAUGCAGCUGAAUCUGGAGUCCAACACAAACCCUCUCAGCCUGGAGGUCGCAACACUCUGGUCAAUGAUCAGCAAGCCCCUAAGGAAAACUGCUCAUGCUAGGUACAUGCAACAAGACUCACUUGCAAAAAACGACCAAUACACUAGAAUUGAUGCGGCAAGGGGAGGUAACAUUACUGCUGGCCAGUUCACCUUCCUCAGAUCUCAAAUUGACUCAAUCAGAAGCCACUCUCAUGUCGUCAGAACUUGGAACUGGCCAAAGAGAAUUCUCGGAAACCAGCCCUCUUUAAAGCCAGAAAAAAAUUGGAUCGUCAGUCAAUCCUUAUUGGCUGUCGUUAAAACUACAGAAUACAAAGACUCUGUGGAUCAGUGGAGCACUAGUUGUCUAGUACUUCGUGUUGGUCGAUUGUUCGAACGAAUGCCUUGAAUUGGUAUAAAUUCAUGAACAUGCAUAUAGCAAGCAACACAGAACACACCGAACAAGUAGACAUGCAUCGUGUUCGGAGCUUUCUAGAGUUAAUUGUCCCUCUUAAUUUCGAAUCCACCUUUUUGUACAAGCUUCAUUCUUUACUCAAAGAAAUCUCUUAAAUGCUUAAGAUUGUAAAAUACCUUUUAAGGUUUAAAAAUUGAUAUUCUAUUCAACCUGCAGAAUUGCAGGAAUAAAGUUUAAAAAGUCUUCUUCCUCAAGGGUGCAUUCCGUUAGUGACGACACACAUUAAAUUUUGUGGAUUGUGUGAAAUCGCCUUCAAUUCAGCACUCGAUUUUUAUCUUUCCCCUUUUGCUUCAAUAUUUGGUGCUUUUUUGAACAUUUCUUUGGUCACAUUCCAUUUCAAUAGUCAUCCCCUUACCCAAAAAUGUAUUGGUACUUCCGUUGCAGGUGUGUCGAGUGAGACUUUUUUGUUGGAAUAAUUCAAAUUAUUACAUUUCGUUCUAAAAAGAUAACGGAAAAAUAUGGUUUCCUGGUGGUUGCCAGGGUUUAUUGUGAAAAGAAUGCACACGAAAAUCACAUUCGCAUGUUGGAGGUUACUAAGUGUGGUGAAACGUAUAAAAGAAUAACUGGUGGUGACCAAAACUGACCUAUUUGUAACAUUAAACAAUUUGCUGUUAUAGGCUCUAAGGUAGAGAUCAUGUAAUAAAAAUCUAAUAUAUGUCGGUUUGAUUGUCAACAGCAAAUUAACAAAGCAUAUCCUGAAAGAAGUAAAAAUUUGCAAAUGAGAAUAUUCUAUUUUGCGUUGGCAUCAGUACUGCAAAGAUUUUAUAUUUGUUGUUGAGGUUCAUUUCCUGUGUUAAUGUGUACAUACUUGCAAGAGGACAUUGUCUUGUUACGUCAUACAAUAAUUCUUGAGCUAGUUCAACGAGAGUCAGUCAACGCCCUCGAAUAAAAUCGUCGGCUUAUGAUACUGAGAUUUUACGAUUUAUUUGGAAUAUAUAUAAUAUUGUUCGUGACCGCAAGUGAUGUUUCGUUUAUUUGAAAAUGUUCCAAAACAUUUCUCACUUAUUUUCGUAUUCCGUCAUCUUGUUUUUAAGCACCACUCAAUCCAUAGCUGAAUUAAUUAAUUAAUUAAAUAUACAAAGAGUAUUCAUACUGGAUUCUACA